AUAUACAUUCCUAUAUAAUUACGUGAACAAGCCUUGCUGGUUCUCCUAUCUUUCUCUCUCACAUUUUAUCUUCUCUUUUUCCCAUUUUCUGUUGACUACCCCCAUUUGCCUUUCAUUAACCCAGCUUUUCAAUUUUCUUCUCUGUUCAUGGAAGAGGCAAAGGUGUUGGAAGCUAAAGAAGGAACCAUUUCCGUUGCCUCUGCGUUUCCUGGUCAUCAAGAAGCUGUACGGGAUAGAGAUCACAAAUUCUUAACACAAGCAAUUGGAGAAGCGUAUAAAGGGGUUGAAUGUAAAGAUGGAGGGCCGUUUGGUGCAGUUGUCGUUCGCAAUGACGAAGUCGUUGUGAGUUGUCACAACAUGGUUUUGAGAAACACUGACCCUACUGCACAUGCAGAGGUUACUGCUAUUAGAGAGGCAUGCAAGAAGCUGAAUCAAAUUGAGCUCUCGGACUGUGAAAUAUAUGCUUCAUGCGAGCCUUGCCCAAUGUGCUUCGGUGCUAUCCAUCUGUCGAGAAUCAAGAGGCUGGUUUAUGGAGCGAAAGCAGAGGCAGCCAUAGCAAUAGGAUUUGAUGAUUUCAUUGCGGAUGCAUUGAGAGGUACUGGGUUUUACCAGAAGGCUAACCUGGAGAUCAAGCAAGCCGAUGGAACAGGUGCUGUCAUUGCAGAACAAGUAUUUGAGAAGACCAAGGAAAAGUUCACCUUGUAUUAAUUUCUCUUUCAUUACUAGAAACACAGUUUGAAGUUUAUGUUAAAA